GCCACGGUGUGAGGGAGGGGACGGCGCGGCCAUGACAGGCCGUGACAGGGGCAGCGCGGCCGGGCGAGGGCUGCGGCGGGGAAGGGAGGAGGCAGCGAGGCUUGGGCACCGGGCGGGAUGUGGCGAGCGUUUCUCCUACUUGCAACCUGCUGCGCUUCCUCUUUCCUCUUCCCUUGAGGCCAACCCAGAGCCGAGCUCUCCUGCCACAGAAAGGACAGCGGAUGGUCUUUGCCUUGUGCAAGCCCUCAUCCCCAAACAAUAUCCUGGGUGCCAGAAACACCUCGAAGCAGAGAGAAGAAGGGAGCCACAGCCAUCGGCACCUGCCCCUGCAGCUCCUUCACACCCAGGACCCUCUCCCAGCCGGUGCCAUGGAGGAAAAGGCCGAUAAUCACCGGAGCGUGUUGAACCUGGCAGCUAUGUUUGAAGGGCAGUGGGCUAGCAAAUUUGCCCGGAGGGAGAAGCAGGCUCCGCACGACCAGACUGCUGCUGCAGCCAGCCAGCCUCAGCAGCUUCCAGCAUCCCCUGCCAGCCAGAGCUUCUCCCAGAUGGCUGCCAGGCACCAAGCAGAGCAAGAGAAUGAGGAGGAGGAGGAGCAGCAGGGUCGGCGGGGGCUCAGCUUCAAAUGCCUCCGUUCUUUCCGACAGAAGAUCAGUGAGGACAACUGGAGGAGGCAGCAGGACCCAGGCCUCACGCCUGGCAGCAAGGAACCAGAGGAAAAGAAAAUCGCUCUGGAGCUGCUGGAGACAGAGCAGGCUUACGUCAACCGCCUCCACCUUCUCGACCAGAUAUUCUAUGCGGAGCUCAUGAAAGAAGCCAAAAAUGGGAAGACAGUCCCAGAGGAGGUGGUGAAAAUGAUCUUCUCCAACAUCUCCUCCAUCUACCAGUUCCACGCCAAGUUCUUCCUGCCGGAGCUGCAGAAGCGCAUGGAGGACUGGAGCUGCAACCCUCGGAUUGGGGAUGUGAUCCAGAAACUUGCGCCGUUCCUCAAGAUGUACGGUGAAUACAUGAAGAACUUCAACAAGGCCGUGGAGCUCAUCACUGUCUGGUCAGAAAAAUCGCCACCCUUCCAGGAGCUCAUUGCUGACAUCCAGAAGAGGAAGGUCUGUGCUAAUCUAACGCUGCAGCACCACAUGCUGGAACCUGUGCAGAGGAUCCCACGCUACGAACUCCUGCUGAAAGAAUAUGUCCGAAAACUCCCGCCCAAAUCCCCAGACCGGGAUGAUGCAGAGAAGGCCCUGGAGAUGGUUUUUAUGGUGGCCAAGCACUCAAACGCAGCUAUCGCCGAGAUGGAACGGCUGCAGAACCUCUGGGUGGUCUACCAGCGGCUGGGCCUCGAGGAUGACAUUGUGGAUCCCUCCAACGAGCUGAUCAAGGAGGGGCCGAUCCAAAAAAUCUCCACCCGCAACAACAGCACAUCGGAGAAGUACCUGUUCCUGUUCAACAACAUGCUGCUGUACUGCGUGCCCAAGGUCAUCCAGGUGGGCGCUGAGUUCCAGGUCCACCUCCGCAUCAACGUGGAUGGCAUGAAGGUGCAGGAGCUGAAUGACACACAGUUCCCUCACACCUUCCUGGUCUCGGGAAAGCAGCGGACGCUGGAGCUCCAAGCCAGGUCUGAAGAGGAGAUGAACGCCUGGAUCAAGGCCUUCCAAGAUGCCAUUGACAGGAAGGAGAAGAGGACUGAGACCUUUAAGACAGCAGUACCUGGGCUGGAGACGGGCACCCCCGCGUUGAAGACAGAGGAGCUGGGCCGCCGAGCUCCACAGUGGGUGCGAGACAACCUGGUGACCAUGUGCAUGCGCUGCAAGGAGCCCUUCAAUGCUAUCAUGCGCCGGAGACACCACUGUCGAGCUUGUGGAUACGUGGUGUGCGCUCGCUGCUCUGACUACAAGGCCGAGCUACAGUAUGAUGGGAACCGCCUGAACCGCGUGUGCCAGGAGUGUUACGUCUUCCUGACGGGCCACUUGAUGCUUGAGGACCGGGAGGGGAAGCACAAAGGCAUCCUGGAGAAGGGAGCUGCAGAGGUAUCAGGCAGGAGUUUGCUGUGCAGUUCCCUGCAGCUGUUGGACAAGAACGGCAAGGGGGGCAUGCGGGGCUGGUUCGUGAUCCCACAGGAUGAUCCCCUCGUGCUGUACAUCUACGCGGCCCCCCAGGACAUCCGAGCCCACACCUCCAUCCCGCUGCUGGGCUACGAGGUGAGGGACCUGCCGCAGGAGCACUCCCGCCACCUCUUCCAGCUGGCACAAUCCCGGCAGCUCUACACCUUUGUGGCCGACACCGAGGAGCUGAAACGGCGCUGGAUGAGGGCCAUGGCGCGCUCCGCCGCAGGCAUCACGGACCUGGAGGAGGCUGAGGACGUGGACUCCUGCAAUGAAGCAGAAUGAGGCCGUGGCCACCUCCUGGGCUGCCUGGUGGGUCAGACCUCCCCCUGCCCGUCCCGCUCACGGCUGGCUUCGGGCAGGUCCCAAACCUCUGCGUUUUGGGGUUUCCUCACGUAAAGGACAAGGUGGGGGCACAUUUGCCACCGCACAGACAAACCAGAUCCCCCUUCCCCUUCGUCUAUGCUCUCUGCACCGGCCGGAGGCGAUGGGGGUCCCCGAGCCGUGAGGUGGAGGGAGAGCCAGGGGGUUUUGGGGGGCCUGCGCCCCUGCGGCCCGGCUGUCCCCAGCGCGCUGUGCUGUGCCGUACCGCCGGCUGCCGCGCGGGGGCAGCACCGCCUCAGCCUUCCUCCCGGCCCGGCUCCGGCCGGGGGAUGCCGCAGGGGGGAUGCCCACCUUUGGGAAAGCAUCUUCGGAGCUGGGACUGCUGCGAUAAAUCCUACCUGCAACCCC